CGCCUUCACCGCAUACCACCAUGGCCUCCACAUUCGUCAACUGGUUGCGUUCACCCAAAGCUCGGGAAUAUUUCUUCAGCACGCAUUUCUGGGGGCCGGUGGCGAACUGGGGGCUACCUCUGGCUGCCCUUGCGGACUUGCGCAAGGACGAGGAGGUCAUCUCUGGCACCAUGACCACUGCCCUGACCGCCUACUCCAUGGUGUUCAUGCGGUUUGCUUGGAGGGUCCAGCCGCGAAACUAUCUACUUUUUGCUUGCCACGCGACAAACGCGACUGCGCAAUUGAUACAAGAUGCGCGCUUCGUCAAUUACUGGUACAAUGGAGGACGGGAAGCAAAGUUAACUGGUUCGACUGUGGAGGCGGUCAAGGCCGGUGCACAAGAGGCGGUAGAUCUCACGAAACAGGAGGCGUCGAAGGUUGCGAGCUCGAAGUAGAACGGCCGCUGGAGUAUCCAGUUAUAUCUGGUUUGCUGUCAUACACGCACGGACAAUAAUUGUUGAAACAGUCUUUUCGCACGAGGCUGAGCGUUGGGCAUACAGUGUUCGCCGGGAGCCGGUACUAUCAUCGAACCAGUGUUCCUAUCGAAAACAGUAUUUUGCGUGGGCUUCAAAAGUG